AUGUCUCAACAAAAGAAAAAGUCUUCGAAAAAGGGUUCUACUUCAGAGCAGCAGUCAACCAUGUCAAAGUUCGGGAAAUAUGAUACCGGGGAAUAUGAUCCCGAGGGGAAGACCAUUGAGGAGCGAGUGAAGGAGGUUAUGGACAUUUCGAAAGCACACGGCGGCACCUUCACCAAAGCGAAACACGACGCCGCGAUGGCCGAGAUUCAGAAACUAAACGUGCAUUCAAUCUCUGAAUAUGUUCUGCAUUUCAAAUAUAAGCGGAGGGAUCUGUACGGACGGGAACAAGUCGAUGAUAUAAUACCGGAUAGGACGAAGUCGCACAUGUUAGUCGCAACAAGCUACCAGCAGAUGGCCGCAUUGGGUAGCUUAGUUCCCUUCAAUCCGCAGGAAAAUAUGGAGAUCAAGAAGGAAGCCUGCUGCGGUGGAAUCGAUAAGUCGGAAUCCGUGAUCUGGAAGAAUGAAUGGAUGGAAUCCCAGUUCCGCAAGGAUCUCGAGCAAACCCUGGAAAAUGCGAAAGACAACCUCCCACGCAUCGACAAAAUCCUCUGCUUUGGAUUAGGGCCUCUCAACAACCAGGCUAGCUAUGCGCGGCACCGAGCGAUCUAUGCAAUCUCUACAUUUUAUAGCCUGAUGGGAAUCCAAGUUCAGGUUUAUGUUCAGGAUCACAGAUACUGCCCGGAAUGCAUCAACGAGGUGGCGAGGCAUCAUUGCAUGCCGUUCGAUGACGCCAUGGCGUUCGUUGACAAGAAAGCGUUCGUGGUUAGCAUCCGGCCAGGAUAUGUGGUUCGACAAAGAGUCACGGAGUACGGUUCAGCAGAUGGAGGACCUGCCGCAAUGCUCUGUGCGCCCAUCAAUGAUCGGGGCCACUCCUCUACCCGGGAUUCCGAUCCGCCUAGCGACUUUGCGUACGAGUACAUUCAAGGAUACGAUGAGUUCAACCUGAGUGAUGAGGGAGAGAACGACUUCUUCGGCGACUUGAGGCUGUAUUUGAAGAAGCGAGAGGCACCAGAACCACAUGAAGAGCCGGGAUCUAUCAUCCGUAGUCCGGUUUAG